AUGCCUCCUCAACAGUUUUUGGUUCGAUUGCAACACGGGAUUACUGGCGGAUUCGCGCCCCCAACUCCGAAUGCAAUCCAUCAGCUUACGCGCUCCACUGAUACUCCCAACAGCCUGUUCAUUGAGUCUAUGGUUCGUCCUGAUGGUACUCCAUCUCUUCAGCCACGUCCUCCCAAAGAUUUACCAAUCCACGACUCUAGCCACGGAUCGUAUAGUCUCGUUGAUGAACUACAUGCCAUAUUGAAACAGAUUCCAACCGAAAAGCCCCCUGGUAUUGAAGAUAUCUAUGGGCUCGAUACAUCGAUCAUGUGGGCAAGCGAUGACCUCGAGUGGUUUAAUGGUGGACCUCAGGGCUGUGGACAUGGCACGUCCGAAGUACAGCCCACCGAAGAAGAGAAAGCCAAGUUCAAGCGUGCUAUCGAAAUCGUUACGCAGCUCACGCAGCUCGAGAGCUGA